AUGUCAGACGGCGAUGCAGUGAUCUCAAUAGGACCUGUGGAUGAGCCCCUGGUGGAAGACGCAGAAAAAGCGACAGGUGAAGAGUAUCCUUACGUCGAGGAAAUCUUCAGGCUGGCAAAAGAAAAUCAGAGGUACAAGAAGUUGGCUUGGGCAUUGAGAAAUGGAUUGAACGAUGUCGGUAGAAAACCGACCUUCGGAUAUAUCAUCGACUUUGAGGAGGAAUAUGUUCGGAUCCAGCAUUUCAUAGAUGCUGAUAGUGCGCUGCUGUUUCCUGGCGAAUGCAAAACUCGCCCCGAUUCGGUCAUAUCAAGGAUUAUUAUCAUAGAGAGCGAGAAUGACGUUGAUCGUUCAACUUCAAGCGCUGACUCCAGCUACUUGAACCGUAGUUCGUCUGAUAGCAGCGACGCCUCGUCGGCUACUUCUUCGACUCAUAGUACCAAGGGUCCAGUGCUACCCUAUGCUGCUCUGAUCGAUGCGGUUGGAAGUACAUAUCAGCUCUCACCAUUUUUCUUUCAAGAACCGUUCAGCGUAAGUGAAAAUCAAUAUUUGAGACUGCGGCAACAAGCGGGAGAGGAAGAUAUACUCUUAUCUUAUCCAGAUGGCGCUUUUGAAAUUCGAGAGAAUCCUCUAUUAGAGACUUGUUCCCCGCCUACAACAUUGAAACUCCACUUUCAGGGGGACUAUGAACAUGCACCGAAUCUUAGUAUUGUUGUGAAGCAAAAGGAUGAGGCUCUGAGUUGUAAUGUUGUGAACUCACUCAGCCAUCUACACAACGACUACAACUUGCCAACAAACGUACCGGUACUUGAGUUGCUGAAGAAUCUUCGCCCAGAGCAAUACGAAAGUGCCAUCAAACGCCCAAUUGAGUACCUAGGUCCAUUCUUAUCAGUUAUUGAAGCCUACUUCACUUAUGAAGUACUACGCCUACGACAAGCGCACACCGAAUGGAUGCGAAUGACAAUGAUAACGGCAACUAUUUUAGGUGGGUAUCAGGACGAACUUCUCUCCAAACGCUGGCGACUCACUAGAUUGAUAAUCGAAGACUUUGACUUGAUGGUCGGAAAACUGGUGUCCAUCCAAGAAGACGGAGUCUUGGCGAGCCCGAAACUUCAACCAGCGUUUGAGAGAUACCGCAGAAUGUUAGCACGAGCCCGAUUACUGGAGCAACAUAUUCGCGACGAUAUUCAAUUGAACGUGGGAAAUCUGUCGCUGCAAGAGUCCCGGAAAUCCCUACAACAAGCAGACAAUAUUGGUCGGAUCUCUAUCCUGGCAUUUGUUUUCGUUCCUGUUUCUUUGGUAACAUCUUUCUUUGGAAUGAAUAUUAAAGAAGUCACUGGUUCUGGGGCUCCAUGGCGAACUUUCCUGAUUUCUGCAGCUGGCCUUUGUGUUGCUUUGCUGCUCGUAUGUGCUUGGCUUUGGCGGAGGACUAUUCGAUCCUGGCUCAUGCCGCUGCGAAUUUGGGUUCACAAUUGGCGAGCCAGGAGGAGAAGGCAGUUGAGCGAGUCAUGA